AUGCUCAGUGCUCAAGAAAAUGCCUGGUGUGUUUACACUGCCCUGUUUUUAUUCUUCUCCAUCAUUCUGACAUGCAGAUGUCGACACAAUAUUUUGUUGAUUCCGUUUGCACUAUUUGGCCUGCUGAUGUCCAUUGGAAAUAUUUGUCUUUUGGCUGCUCAUUACGGUGAAACAAGCGUGCCUGUGGAUUGGGUCAGCAAAAGCUUGGUAUUGAGCUUGUUGCCUGCUGCUUCCGUGCUGGUGUUCGUGGGCAUCAUGGAGGCGCAAUUGAUCUUUAUCCGUCAUAUCGCUACUGCCAUCCAUAACCGUGAUCAUUGGGGAAGUCUCUAUCUGCGUGAACCCGAGAAAAGAAAGCCUAGCACCAAAAUGCAUCCUGCCAGACCGUGGACCUACUAUACAAGCUUCGUGUCACUGGCGCUGUACACGUUGCUGGCCAUGGCUUCUGUCAUUCUCUUGGCAGCUGCUACAUCCAUCACCCAAAAGAAGAUUGGCGGCGCUGUGUGCGUCACUUUGAUGCUCCUGGUUGUGUGUUUCAACACGUUGGUUAUCAUGUCGUAUAGUAAAUCAACAAACCAUGUCCGUCUGAUUCGUCGCAAUCGAGAUGAUAUGCUCUUUUUGAAGGUUACUCCCAUCUUGUUCUCGGUCUGCAUGGCUGGAAUGACUGCACUUUCCUGGAUCUACUGCCUUGAUGAUGAUCCAAUGACCAUCUCCAUCACGCUGUGGAUUGUGCUAGAAUCCUUUGUUGUUUAUUUGCCAUUAAUAGCCAUUCUCAUCAUGUGCAUUUACACUGGUAAGAUCAAGAAGAUGGGCCGUCAAUACCGCAUCGAAACAGAUCAGAGAAGCUUCAACAAUCCCUACUCUUACAAGACUGUUACUGAUAUCGAAUCUGUCACCAAGAAGCUUUGUCAAGAGGAGAGCAAUACACUGGCUUGUCCACCACCGCCCGCGUAUCAGCCGGUCCACAAACCCUCUCCAUUGGCAUCUUAUGCUUAA